GUCAUCGGUGGGCGAAACAGUCAAAACAACAACAAAACAUACAAACAGUGGAUAUAUUUGGAAGAAUUUACUUGCCACAUGUCCACAGAGAAUGGGAAUGUGCAUCAUAGUAAGCCAUCUAUUAGCAAAUAACAGCCUUUCUACUAAAAGCAGGAACAUUUGCGGAGGUAAUAUCUGAAAACUUUGUACUACUCGUCAUAGAACUGGGCGUCGGUGUGGCAUUGCUAAAACUGUGCGGCACAAAAGACAACAAAAGAAGUGAUCAACAUGAACGGCAGCUCUGCAGCAACUACACCAACGCUUCAUAAAUUGUCAUCAUUGAAGCCGGCUCGGGAUUUAACGUUAGGCGGACGUGGUGGUGGUGGCGCUGCCGCUAAUAAUGCAGCCAAAAAAGUAUUCACGCCCAACCUCAAUGUGGUGCGCAACAAGAACACCAACGUUAAAACAUCGAAAGACACCACAGCGCGUGGUGGUCGUGGAGGCGGUCGAGGUGCGCGUGGUGGACGUGGCGCUGGCAGUGGAUUGCGUGGCGGUCGGGGCGGUGCUGCUGGCGCUGCUAAUUCGUCCCUCAUACAAACUACCGGCGUUUUCUCAGAAGGUGCUGGUGCUGUUAAUAUACGCAAAACCAGCUCAGGAGGUUCAGGCUUUGGCAGUCGAACCAACGAUGAUGCAACCGCCUCACAAAUGCGUAGACCAACAAUUAUCAAAAGUGAACACUUGAAGAAAAUUGAUUUGAAAGCAGAUGAAGAGCAUGUACGUGAAUUACUGGGUGAUACGGACGAAGAUGAUUUCGGAGAUGAAAAGACUGAAUUAGAGCAGAUACCGGUCAAAUUAAAUGAGGAUUCUGCCGUCGCUAUUGCACAAACAUUACAAUCGUUGGCUGUUAAGCAGCAUCAACGCACAAAUAGUGCCUUGGCACGGUAUCCUGCGUCCGUAGGUGAACUACUGGACUUGUCACAAUCUCAAUUGUUACUACUGCAGCUGCCAGAUGCAUUACCAUGUGAAGGCGAUGUAGAGGAAGUAGCUGAUAAAACACUGCAGGAUAAAAAAGCAUCAGCGGAUACGCCAUCUACAUCACAAAAUCCACCCGCUUCGAAACCCCCUCCAAAACGUAUAUCUCUUAAAGAAAUGGAGGAAGGUAAAAUUGGCAAAUUGCUGCGUUAUAAAUCGGGUAAAGUAAAGCUCGUAUUCGGCAAUACAUAUUUCGAUCUGAAUAUGGGCAUGGAAACGGGUUUCCUACAGGACCUCAUGUCGAUCAAUACGAAUCGAGAAGAGCGUAGUGGUAACAUGAUUAAUCUGGGUCCCAUACAAGCCAAACUCACCGCCACACCCGACUGGGAACAUCUAAUGGAGCAGGAGGAACGGCGGCAGCGGCCAAAGCCAGCAUAGCAUCGCAAAUGCAUUAGUUUACGUUUAUAUAAAUUUAGUAAUGUAUUAUUUGUUGUUUUAAUUUAACAGCUACUUGUAGGUAACUAUAGUCAUAGUAAAAGCUUAACCGAAAUAGGCAUAUUCUGUGAAAUUAGGUAGCGUAGUGAAAGCGCAAAGAAUUUAGUAACAAUGCAUCCUACUUUUUGUAAUACAGUGUACACAUGAAGAAACUGAUAUCUAUAAAUGGAAAAUCCAUGUAAAUUGCUACUUUAAUUCAAUUAGGUUACAAGUUAAGGAAAAAUAUGGGAGAUCAAAUUUAACUUGGGAGCACAAGAACCGUUAAAUUUAAAAAAAAUAUAUGAAGUUUGUUAAUGAGUGCAUGUGCGACACAAAAUUCCUAUAUUCAAUAAUUUUGUUGGGCGAAAAAAUUUAAAAUUUUCAAAUAAAACAUGCAAAACAUUACCAGA